CUCGCCGUCGUCUUCUCGGGCAAGCGCAAGAGCGGCAAGGACUACUGCUCCGACAAGCUGCUGGCCCUCGUCGGCGAGUCCAUCGCGGAGAUCGGGUCCGUGUCGGCGCCGCUGAAGCGCGCCUACGCCGAGGAGCACGGCCUCGACUACGCCGAGCUCCUGACCGCGAGCGCGUACAAGGAGAAGCACCGGAAGCCCAUGAUCGCCUGGGGCGAGGCGCGGAGGCACGCGGACCCGGGCUUCUUCGCGCGUAAGGUCCUGGACGCGGCGACGCGGCCCGUGCUCAUCGUCUCCGACGCGCGGCGGCCCGGCGACGUCGACUUCUUCCUGAAGCGCGUGAAGACCGUCGUCCGCGUCCGGGUUUCGGCCUCCGAGGCGACGCGCGCGGCGCGCGGCUGGGCCUUCGCCGCGGGCGUCGACGACGCCGAGUCCGAGUGCGGGCUCGACGACUACGCGCCCUGGGAGUUCGUCGUCGCCAAC